AUGUCAAAGGAAAAUAUCACCCAUAUUAGUGAAUUCAUCCUGGUGGGCUUCCCUACUUCCCCUUGGCUACAAGUUCUGCUUUUCCUCCUCUUCCUCAUCACCUACCUGUUUGUGCUGUUGGAGAAUUUGGUCAUCAUUCUCACUGUAUGGAUCACUGGGUCCCUGCAGCCCAUGUACUAUUUUCUGGGCACCAUGUCCUUUCUGGAGACUUGGUAUGUAUCUGUCAUAGUCCCCAAGAUGUUGGCUGGAUUCCUACUUAGUCCCAAUACCAUCUCAUUCCUGGGAUGCAUGAUCCAACUCUAUUUCUUCAUCUCACUUGCCUGUACUGAAUGUGUGCUCUUGGCUGCCAUGGCCUAUGACCAUUACGUGGCUAUAUGUUGUCCUCUUUGUUAUCCAGCCAUGAUGACCACAGGAUUUUGUGUGCAGCUGACAAUCAGUUCCUGGGUGAGUGGCUUCACCAUCUCCAUGGCAAAGGUAUACUUCAUCUCCCAAGUUGCUUUCUGUGGCAAUAAUACCUUGAACCAUUUUUUCUGUGAUGUUUCCCCCAUCCUCAAACUGGCCUGCAUGGACUUUUCUAUGGCUGUGAUGGUAGACUUUGUGCUAGCCAUUCUCAUCCUUGUGUUUCCUCUCUCAGCCACUGUCCUUUCCUAUGGCUUCAUUGUCUCUACCAUUCUGCACAUUCCCUCAGCCACUGGGCAGUGGAAAGCCUUCUCUACCUGUGCCUCUCACCUUACAGUGGUGGUCAUCUUCUAUACAGCUGUGAUCUUCAUGUAUGUCCGACCUCGGGCCAUUGCUUCAUUCAAUUCUAACAAAUUGAUCUCAGCCAUAUAUGCAGUCUUUACUCCAAUGCUCAACCCUAUUAUCUACUGCCUGAGGAACAAGGAGGUCAAAGAUGCCAUCAGAAAAAGCAUGUCAAGUGGCCAAGCCCUUUUCUUGAAAGAUUCUCUUUGCUAA